CUGCACUCAGAGCAUAUUUAAAGAGCAUGAGGUCAACUUUAGCUAGUACCGCAGUAGGGCGCCUUAUUCUCGUCUCUCAAGCCUCAAGGGCCGGGACGCCUUAUGUUUAACUUCUGCAGCAGGGACAAUUCGGGAACACGGCAAAAGGGCCUCGUUGGCAGUGUCUCGCCGAAGCAGGGCGCAAUGGACAGCCUGGAGCCGUCGAUUGCGGUGCAAGUGGCAGCAUUGCGCAGCUAUCAGGACCUGCACUUCAAGAUUGACAAGAUACGAAGGGGCAGCCCCCACUCAGAAUACGCAGACCGGUUCAUCGUGCACAUCCCCUGCGGCCUUGAGAGCGUGCAAUGGCACGUGCUUUACAAUGCAGCUCAGCCAAACCUGCCCCCGGACGUCGUCUUCCCCCCCCAAAACAGCGACUUCCAGCCCCUGCUGCCGCCCCCUUCAGACAACGCCUCUACUGAUCCCCCCAGAGUGGUUCCUUACGUGGACAUGAUUUCGAAACCACACGUGCCAGAAGAGGCGAACCUUCUGGGGAUGCUCCUAGCUCUGAGGCGGCUGUACGUUCAGUACCAGCGGCGAAAGGUGGAGGCACUACAGGACGACAGAAUAAAGUUCGAAAUCAGCACCAUAGGCCACCUUGAGGGCCUCGAGGUCUGCCUGGCAGAGGGCCCCGACCGGCCAGAGGAGGUGCACAUGGUGAUCCCCCUACCUGGCAUCGACCUCUCACCUGAGGCCCUCCUUCGUGGCCGAGAUGGCCCCGCAGCGGCAACCGCCGCCGCGCUCUCGCCCCCCGGCCAGCCCACGCCCCGCGUCCAACUUUUUGUCCGCUUCCCCCUUCAGCGUGGCGGCGGUCCGCCCGGCGCCCCUCAGCUGAGCCUCAACACCCCCCCGGCCGUGCGCGACAUCCUGGGCGACUUCACACAGAAGCUGCCCGCCUGGACACCGCACAUGUGUUUGAUGGAGUACAUCCCCCCUCUUCAGGAGCAGCUCAUGGAACAGGUUCAGCUGUGCGUGGCAUCCGUCACGUAUCGGUGCCGGUUCAUCGAGCAGCUGCCACGUGUCUUUGGCCGGCCUCUGGAAGUAGACACGAAGUACUUCCGGCGGGCGAGCGUCCUCGCUUCCCAUUCUGGAUUCGUCUUCAUCGUUCACUUCCACCUUUCCCCCCAAUUUCCGAAGGACCUCCCCAUCCUAGUUUUCCAGAGCUCGCUGCACUUUAACUCAAACGCGGUGGCGGUUGCUUCAAACCCGUACGAUAACUACCCCUGGAGCCCCCGGUGGGACUACCCCGAGAUGGUGCGACGAAUUGGGGCCUUCGUUGCGGAAGAGGCGCCUUACUUCAGGACAUUCUGCGACGAUGUAGUGAUCAGUAGGCGGUAACUGUCGAGUUUAGAGACCUGCGACAAUCCCUCAGCUGCAGGCUGAUAGUUCGUAGGUCCUGUAGACAGGCACCCCGCGCUUCGGAAGGACAGGCUUGAUUUACAGGGACCAGUUUGAAUAAAAGUAUACGCAGAAAGAAUCUUAAUUGGUGACACGAUCCAUACAUUGCAGCGGAUGUAAAGAAUCCAGACGCUGUUCCGCCGCGGCGCUUGCACGUUGACCUGGACUUAGUUGGGGAGAUCUGCUGUCGUAAUCCAUCGACCAGAGCUAUUGAACGGAUAAAACCGGUUCGUCGUACUUCUACCGUAUUGUUGUCGGUUAUGCCAGACAUGCUAUAUAUCCACC